CUCGAAGGGAUGCCAAUUAUCACGCAUUCACGAUUCUACAUCAUCUUGACUCAUACACCUGCAACAUUGCGGGCUUACAAGGGCUCUUCGCAUCAGCAGUGACCGAUUAGCCGGCUCUGCAUGGAUUGUACGACGCGUGCUGUGAGGCUCUGAUGGGUACUGGAUUGCCAUCUCCUCCAAACAAGUGCGCCCCAUCGAUCUCGACCAGAACUGCACGUGAAGCGAGUUUCGGCCCAGCAUGUCAUUCCUCGACGAUGACUGGCAGGAGAUGCCAGUAGUGCGAGAAGCUGCACCUUCAUCCAGCACCUCCUCUUCUGACGAGGAUAAUAUAGGGCGGCGCGGGUACGGCACUGCGGGAGGAGCUGGUCCUUCGUCUCUGGGGAAGAAGAAGCUGGGACAUGCGCGCAAAAAGAGCGCUCACAUGUCCAGCGCCGGUGCUUCCAAAGCCAUGCAAGGCAAUGCGACGGGUGUGCACCUAGACAUCGACGAUGCUCGAGGGUACUCCUGGAGAGAGGCGCCUUCCAACAAGGAGAGCGCAGCUGGUCUUGGAAACGACGAGAAGGGCGAACCUCACAAAGGUCAGAGCAAGGACAAACGCGCCAAGGGUCGCGCAAAGGGGGCAGAAUCUGAUAGUAGCGAGGAAGAGACGAGCGAGGACGAGGGCGCGAGUCGAGGCUACACGCAGUUGAGGCUAGAGGACGAUGUGGAGGGUGACGAGCUGCAUGCUGCCACCGACUAUCUGUUUGGAGGAGGCUCGGGAGCCGGUGCAAACAAGGAAGCCGAUGAUGGUCUGUACGAGCCGACAGGUGGGACGGGCGCCACUCCGCUCAGUCAGCUAGCAACAACGAAGAAGCUGUUGACAGAGGGUCAAAAGAUAGCAUAUGUGGGACUAGUCAGUCUAGUCGCCAGAGACAUGAUACGCAAGCUGGAGAGGGUGCCCGGGAAGGAGACGCAGCCUGCAGCAGCCUCCGCGGAUGAAUGGCGGUUGCGGGUCAUGGCGCGGCUGUAUCAGCAUAUGGACAUAGAAGCAGAUGAGCAAAGCAUGAUAGAAUCCCUGGCGCAACAUGGCGUGCUCGCUUCCGACAUGGCUCCUAGCUUGAUCACCACGUCCAAAGUAGAUAAUCCGGACUUUGACCCAGAAGCAAAGGCCGAGAGAGAUGCCGAGGAAGAGCGUCAAAGGUUGAAGAAAGAAGCUCUCGAGCUAGAUCGCUUGGCCCGCGAAGCUGAAGAGCAGCAAGCGCAGCUAAGGCGUUCCUUAGCGGAUGAGAGUGCCGCGAGCGAGCACUAUUCGUCGCACGGAACUCUGGAGCUGGGCCCCGCAGAAGAGCCAGGCAUAGGGCUCAGCUCGGAUCUAGAGGUCAGAGGGAAUGGCAGCUCGACUUCGCUGAAGUCUGUCUCGCCUUUCGACCCUGCGCAUGCUUCUCCGGCGGAUGACGAGGGCGACCUUAGCAGAGCGCUUGGUCAAGAUGAAGGGGACUUGGGCGACAUGGACUACUCCAGUGGCGACUCACUCAGCCGUAAGGAAGCAGAUAAGGCAGCAAGCGCUUUGUCACAAGCUCCACCGCCUCCGUACAAGCGUUUCGAGUUGGCAGAGGAUGCGGACGAUGAAGGAGACAUAGGUGCUGCUCUCGAGACUCCCGUCCAACGUGGGGGCGAGCUGCCCUCACCUAGCAAGACGCCGCAGGCUUCGCUGCGACCGCUUCAACCUGAAGAUGUCGAUCAUGAGCCCGAGAGCGGAGCGCUCGAUGCACAUCAGGUGGCUGAUCCUAACACCAAGGCGCAGCUCGUCGAGGCAGACGCGCAAUCAGCACGAGCGACGGGUGAACUAGGACUGACUGCGGCACCUCAGGCCAUCGAGACAAUGCCUUCAGCACUGGAAGGAGUUACGGAAGAGCUCAGCAGCGCAGACGAACACAUCACGCUCGACUUGAGAUGGACCGUCCUGUGCGACCUCUUCCUAGUGCUCACGGCAGAUAGCGUAUACGAUGCGCGAUCAAGGGUGCUCCUAGAGACUGUCGCGGCUUAUCUGAGCUUGACUUGGAUGGACGUAACAAAAUUCGAGAAGCGCGUCACAGAUGCGCUUGAGAUUGAGGAGGGCGUCUCCGGAAGUCUCAAGAGCAAGAAAGCGAUCAAGAAGCGCGCAGAAUUGGCGAGAAGACGGCGACUCGUCAUGAUGGGGCUUGCUACAGUUGGAGGUGGUCUCAUCAUUGGCUUCUCUGCGGGGAUGCUUGCUCCCGUCAUCGGUGCUGGUCUUGGUGCAGCGCUCGGAACCAUCGGUGUGGGUGGCACGACUGGGUUUCUGGGAGGCGUAGGCGGCGCUGCCGUGAUCACUGGAACGGCCACAGCAGGCGGCAUGGCGAUCGGUGGCAGAGGAAUGAGUCGACGGACACGGACAGUACGCACCUUCGAAUUCAAGCCUGUGCAUAACAACAAACGGGUCAAUUGCUAUAUUUGUGUGGGAGGAUUCAUGAAUGGAGCUCAGGACGACCCACGGCUGCCUUUCUCGGUCAUUGACAGCGUGAUGGGAGAUGUGUUUGCUGUGCUGUGGGAACCAGAUAUGAUGAAAGAGAUGGGUGAUGCGAUUUACCUGCUAUACACUGAGACGGUCGUACAAGGUCUUCAGCAGGUGCUUGCUGCGACUAUUGCUGGUGGUCUCGUGGGAGCCCUCGCCGCUCCUCUCUGGCUCACCAAGCUUGGCCUACUGAUCGACAAUCCAUGGAGCAAUGCGCUCGAUCGGUCGUGGUCUGCGGGUCUUAUUCUCGCGGAUGUUCUCGCCAAACGAGCAAUGGGUGUUAGGCCAGUCACUUUGGUGGGCUUCAGUCUGGGUGCGCGAUCCAUAUUCUAUGCUCUCACGGAGCUCGCGAAAAACAAGAAAUUCGGAGUCGUGCAGGACGUCUUCAUCAUUGGUGCGCCAGUCACCGCAUCAGAUGCACAGUGGAAGGAAGCCAGAAGUGUGGUCUCGGGCCGAUUUGUCAAUGCAUUCUCGCGAACAGACUGGAUCCUCGGUUAUCUCUUCCGCGCGACCACAGGUGGUAUUCGCUCUAUUGCUGGUCUUCAUCCAGUAGAGCGAGUGCCAGACGUGGAGAACGUUGACGUCACGACCACGGUACCAGGUCAUCUGCAGUACCGCGCAUUCAUGCCACUUGUCCUAGAUGAGCUUGGCUUCAAGACAACGGCAGACUACUUCGAUGAGCCCGAGGAUCUGAACAAUGUGCCAGACAGAGAAGUUUUGCGAGAGGCGCUACAAAUCCAGCAGGAGGAGGAACAGACUAGAAAGGUGCAGAAUAGCUCAGGAGGCUUUGGUCGGAUAUUCAAACGCAAGAAGGACGGACAAGCAGGCGUUGGCAAUGCCUCGACAGACUCUUCGCAAUCCAGCACUCCAGCUCAGCGAUCGAGCACAGGGCCGACUACCACGAACGAAUACGAAUAUGACGAUGACGAUCUACCCCCGCGCGAGCUCGAGCGUGAGCCUGCAGUCGCGACCCCAUCCAUUGAGCCUACUGCAGAGACCGCCGAUGCUGGCAAUUCUGCACUUGCCGUAGCGCCCAAGCAUCUUGCGGUCGAUACUGUGCGAAGGUCAUCGGAUCUGGCUUCCACACGCUCUGCUACCCCAGAAGCGGAGAAGCCGCCCAACUUGGCCGUGCAUUUCGACACCGAGGCAAUGCUAGCUGAAUUGCGCUCCAGCGGCAUCGAAGUGAGGGAGCUUGAAAGCUCUCUACCUCCACUGGUUGCCUCUGAGCAAGCUCGCCGUAGCGACCCGACCCCGACUCCGACUCUGGCAUCCGCCCCGCCUAAGCAGCUCAAGACGCCGAUGAUCGCAACGACACGGGAUGACGCUCGCCGACAAGCGGAGCCUUCGAACCAAGCGGCUUCCCAAGCGCUUGCGGCAGAUCUCCCCCGUCGGCCAUCCGCCACACCUACGCCCUACGCCCAUAGCUUCAGCGAAUCGCCAUUCAGUCGUCUGCCACCUCCAGCGCCUCCUGCCAUGAUGACUGAGGAUUCGAUGGGUGGUGUCAGUCUGUCGUUCGCGGAUUCAUACAGCGACGAGGAAGAUGAGCCCGCACCACCUGUCCCAGCACCGGGUCAGGCUGCACCUGUAUCACUGGAUGCAGCUCGCGGCUACGGCUUGUCGUCGGAUGCCGCACGAGAGCUCGCGCGUCGUUUUAAUGAGCCAGACAGCCGAGCCUCUCAUGAAGAGAGCGGGAGGGGAUCAAGCCUGGAGGGCCGAGCGGCAUCCUACCUGCCUGCUGAAGACGGUGGGUGGGGCGGCGACUCAUCGCGGCAAGGACGAGAUGAUGAAGGCGAUGUCGCGAGCAACUCUCGCAGUGACGAUCUUCCGAGACCAUCUUCCAGCAAAGACCUGCCUGUCGCGCCAGACGGGACCUCACCAUGGUCCACCCCUGCCUCGCACAAUCCCUUUGCGUUUAAUGACGAAGGAAGAGACUCAUCUGGCGACAUUGCAUUCUCCUCAUCGACACCUCGCGGGCCAAGCGCGAUCAGACAAGAAACUUUGGCAGAGCCACCGCGCAGUCUAUCUUUCGACCGUCUAGCCAUCGAUGAUUCGAGCAACUACAUGCCUGAGGGUUUGCAAGUGCGGCAACCCGCUUCGCGAAAUACUUCCUCAUCAGCAUGGGAGACGGACAACCCGUGGGGUUAGUAGUGCAUAUUCUUGCACAGUGAUGCCCUUGUUCCAUCUAUUCAUACCACUUCCGGGACAGCCUUGCAAUGCACCAUGUCAUCGAGUACGGCACAGCACCAAGUAUGGUAAUACUUCGCUUCUCAAGGUUUCGUCCGCACCAUGACUGUGCCCUUGAAGCGCGCGGCUUGACGUGAUGAAGCAUGACUUUCAAGAGGUAUUCAGCUUCGCGUGCGUCAUCGCGGACAGGAAUCUUGCUUGCAAAGGGUCGCUCAAAGAGGGGGCUGGGUGACGCAAAAAUGUAGGAUGCGAAAGGGACGCUAGCAGCAGCACCAGCAAGAAGCCGGAUUCAUGCAAACAAUGGAGUAUCAGCCAAACCAUUUC